GAUGAUGUGCCGAGACAUUUUCAUAAGGUGCAGUCGCCACACGAAGAUGUUGGAGUGUUUAGGGUGUCUGGUGUGUUCCCAACGUUUUCAAAAGAUGGCUCUAAGCUUGCAUUCGUUGAUAACGAGUUCAAAGCCGUGUGGUUGGCAGAUAGCCAUGGAUUGCGUGUGGUCUUCGAGACAGAUGGCCCAGACAGCAUCUUCUCACCAGUGUGGAACCAAAAGAAAGAUAUACUGUACGUAUGUAUGGGGCCGUCCUUCAAAGCUAACGAAACUCUAGAAAUCUAUGCCAUCCCCGAUGUAUCCCGUGGUGCACGUGCACGAAGACAUACGCGACAGCUCACGAAGGGAAAAUUCAACAAUGCCUUCCCUUUCACCAAUCCUGAUGGUACGAAAUUUGUUUUCCGAUCAACGAGAGAUGGAGGAGACAAGAACUACAAGAAUCUGUACAUAAUGGAGGACGCCGAGUUCGGGGAGGUCGGAGGUGGCAAGGUGACACGGCUAACUGAAGGCAGCUGGAUCGACACGCACUGCCAGUGGUCUCCGGACGGGAACCUGGUCGUGUUCGCGUCGAACCGCGACAAGCCCGCCGACGCGCCGGAGCGCGACCACGGCCUGGACCCGGGGUACUUCGCCGUGUACCUGAUGAACGUCAGCGACCGCUCGGUGGUGAGGGUAAUUAGGAGUGGGUACGACCUCUCCGGGCACGUGAACCACCCGGUGUUCAGCCCGGACGGGCGGAGCAUCGCCGUGACAUCGGACCUCGCGGCGGUCUCCGCCGACCCGAUGUCUCUGCCGACCUUCCUCCACUCCGUCAGGCCCUACGGUGACAUCUUCUCCGUCGACAUCGACCCGGACGACAUGGAGAAGAACAAGGACCUGGACAAGUUCGUGCGCGUCACGCACAGCAGAUACGAGAACUCCACUCCUGCCUGGACCGUGUUCUCGACGCAUGACCCGCACGCGCAGUGGAACCUCCUGGUCAUGGAGGACGAGUACACACCGGCAUGCCCUUAUGCUCAUCCUGACGGAGGUGAAAGUUGGCACAUGACUGGCCAGAUCUGCAUUCCGAAACGGCACUGCUGAUCCUUUGCACUCGUGCUUCCCUCGUCUACAAAUUGUGUUGAAGGACUUGUUUGUUCACUCAAAAUUUGUUUGAAGUAGUGUCCUGUUCGUUUCAUUUCAGUCUGUCUGUUGGUUUAUAAACCUUGUAAUAAGUAUCUGUUCUGUGCAUGCACCUUUGGAUGUACAAAAUGGACAGUGUAUAUUCUUCAUCAAAUAAAUUUCCAUAUCUAAAGAAAGAUGUACUAUUCCUUUA